AUGAGUUUGCUUGUUCUUUGUUCAGUACAACGCUUAGCGAUGAAGCCAGGAAAAUCAGCUUUGAAUCCCCACGCAGGAGCUUACGUACCACUCUCGAAAGAAGAGGGUUGUUUUGCAAAGCCUGCUGCUGCUGCUGCCACACUUGACGUGCAGUACCAACCCUGUGGAGCAUAUGGUUAUGAUGGAGUCCAAGGAAUGGGAAUUUUUUUAGGUUCUCAAAUGUACACGCCAAAGACAACAUCAUCUUCUCACAAUCAGCAGAUGAGGGAUGAGGAUUUGGAUUUGGAGUUGGACACGGAAGAGAAAUUUGCAGCCCUUUUAGAUAAUUUGUCUCACGAGUCUAUCAUAGAUGCUUACUUGGCCAACAAUGGUGAUUUGGAUGCAACCAUCGACAUGAAUCAGCUGCUCUAG